AUGCGCUUCACAACUCUAUCUGUGCUACUUCUAUCAACCCUAGCACUGGCAUUCCCAGAAUCUGACCCAGCCAUCGAAAAGCGAGACGACACGACCGACUCAGACAUGCCCAACCCCUUGAGUAACCUAGCCAACCCAACCACUACAAUGCCCACCCUCUUCCCCGAAGUGCCUACCUCUAUCAGAUCCGACCUGAUCACUGAAGUCCCUACCUCUGUCAUCUCCGAGAUGACGAACCCGACGGCUUGGUCAUCAGUCGCGAGUGAGUGGAGAGACGGAAUCGUUCCGUCUUGGUACAGUAGUUUGAAUGGGGAUGUGAAAUCGUAUUUUUCGACGGCUUUUGAAACGGCUUCGCCUUCCACCUCGUCUUCGCAUGGUGGUGCUGGGCCUGGGGCUCCGAAGCCGACGGGUAUGGCGGGGAUUAUGGGUGCUGCGGGCAUUUUAGGGAUGGCGAUUGUUUUGUAG